AUACCGCGCGCCAUCACUGGAGCUCUGCCGGAAAGGGAGGGGCGCUGGAGAUAGCGCACGCGCAGCCAAACACGACACCACCGAGCGAGCACCUGCGGGCUCCUACGAGCUGAGCGAGCUCCUCCCCGGCGCGGCACCUAGAAAGGCUCGACAUGGGCGACGGAGCGGCCGCCGUGCCGAGCAGGUUCCGCACGAUCUGCGUCUUCUGCGGCAGCAGCGCCGGGCACCGGAAGGUGUUCGCGGACGCCGCGCUCGAGCUCGGCCACGAGCUGGUGCGGAGGGGCAUCAGCCUGGUCUACGGCGGCGGCAGCAUCGGGCUGAUGGGCGUGAUUGCGCGGACGGUUCGCGACGGCGGCUGCCAUGUCCUUGGGGUGAUUCCGAAAGCGCUCAUGCCUAUUGAGAUUUCAGGCGAAAGUGUAGGAGAAGUGAAGGUUGUAGCCGACAUGCAUCAGAGGAAAGCUGAGAUGGCUCGCCAAUCUGAAGCGUUCAUCGCUCUCCCAGGUGCCAGAUAUUCGACGAUUUCCUGCUCGCAUCACCGACAUUUCAAUAUAAUUUGCUUACGAUUUGUAUCAGGUGGGUAUGGAACAAUGGAGGAGCUGUUGGAGAUGAUAACCUGGUGCCAACUUGGAAUUCAUGACAAGCCAGUCGGCUUGCUGAAUGUCGAUGGUUACUACGACCCGCUGAUCGCCCUGUUUGAAAAGGGGGCAACAGAGGGUUUCAUCAACCCUGACUGCAGGCAAAUUUUUGUUGCUGCACCAACCGCAAGCGAGCUGCUGACAAAGAUGGAGCAAUACACCCGGUUGCAUCAGGAGGUAGCCCCGGCAACGAGCUGGGAGAUCUCGGAGCUCGGCUACGGGAAAGGCGGCGCACCGCCAGAACACUCCUAGAACUCCACUUCCCGAAGCUGAAGCGAAGCUCUCUCCACAGAUGUUGCAUUUUGCUUUCCCCGCUAUUUCCUCAAAGUCUCCAAACCACUCAACUAGGUAUCGUCACGAGAUCGAGGCGGUUUCCUGUCUGAAUCCAUCAGGAAAUCACCCCCCCUCCUCUUGUCGCCACUCGCAAAUUUGAAGUUUGAUUGCUCGGUUUCUGUAA